AUGGUAAUGGAGGCGUCCCCAUCCCCGCAGAGCGUUGGCCGCGAGUUCGUCCGCCAGUACUACACGCUGCUGAACAAGGCGCCUGCCCAUCUGCACAGAUUUUAUAACAACUACUCGUCGUUCGUGCACGGCGGUCUCGACGCGCCCAACCGCGAGACCCUGCCCGUGGUGGGACAGAAGCAGAUCCACAACCGCAUACAACAGCUUAACUUCCGCGACUGUCAUGCCAAGAUCAGCCAGGUGGACGCGCAGGCCACGCUGGGCAACGGCGUGGUGGUGCAGGUGACGGGCGAGCUGUCCAACGGCGGCGCGCCCAUGCGCCGCUUCACGCAGACCUUCGUGCUCGCCGCGCAGUCGCCCAAGAAGUACUACGUGCACAACGACAUCUUUCGCUACCAGGACAUAGUGUUCUCGGACGAGGAGGGCGAGGGCUCCGGACGUUCGGAGGGAGAGGAGGAGGAGGCGGGCGGUGCCGGCGGCGGCUACUUCCCGCCGCCCCCGCCGGCCUCGGCCUUCCCGCCGGCCACGUUCCCGGCGCCGCCCGUGGCUCCCCUGGGCGCGACGGCUCCGCAGGCGCCGCUGGGCGUGGCGCAGCCCCCGCCGCAGGAGCCACCCGCGCAGGCGCCGCCGCAAGAGCCGCCGCAGGUGCUGCACGCCGCUCCGCACGUCAACGGCCACCCGCAGACGCACGACGACUCCGUGGCCCGCCAGUUCGUGGCUGCCGUUCAAGCGAUUUCGAGCGAGCCGGAGCCGGAGGUGGCGGCGGGCGUGGUGUCGCCGCCGCCGGCCGCGGCCGCGCCCGCGCCCGAGCCCGCGCCGGAGCCCGAGCCCGAGCGCGAGCCUACGCCGCCCCCGCACACACCGUCGGUGCCGCCGGAGCCCAAGACGUACGCGAACCUGCUGAAGUCCGGGUCGGGCCUCGGCGGGCCGCGCGUGUCGCCGCCCGCGCCGGCCGCCCCGCACGCGCCGCACGCGCACGAGCCGCGCCCGCGACACGCGCGCCCCCCGCACGCCGCCCCACCGCCCGCGGAAGGUGGCGGUCGGCGCUACUCGGACGCGCAGCAGCUGUUCCUGGGCAACCUGCCGCACUACGCCACCGAGGAGGAGCUACGCGCGCUCUUCGCACGUUUCGGGCCCGUCGCCGAGCUGCGCGUGCACUCCAAGCCCGCCAUUUCUGGCCCCUUGCGCCACCCCAACUACGGCUUCAUCACCUACGAGACCAGCCAGGCUGCGCACGACUGCCUCAACGCCGCGCCGCUGUACUUCCCGCCGGACGCGCUGGACGGCGUGAAGCUGAACGUGGAGGAGAAGAAGGCGCGCGGGGCGGGGCGCCGCCCCCCCUCCACGCAGCGCGCCUUCCCGCCGCGCGCCACCUACCGCCGCUAG